AUGAUUGGAGCGUUAAUUCUAGUCAUAGCCUUAUUCGCACCUACCCAUGAACAAAGUACGCCAUUAUCGCCAUGCCCCAACGUGUUUAUGUACGAGCCCGCGGGCAACGAGCCAGGGCGGUGGUACGGGGUUGUCAACCUAUCAACAGAUAGCACUUUACAUUCGUUAUGGCUGAACAUAGUGUUAGACAGCAAGGCAGAUAUCUUAGGGAACUGGGUUGGUGAUGUCACUACUACUAAUAAUAUUGACUUUAAAGUAGAAAACACAAAAAUGAAAAUCCAUCCAGGGCCGGCAGUGGCUGUACGAUUUUUCGUUCAAUAUAACCCAUUAAAUAAAGUCCCACGUGUUCAAGAAAUCAGACUGAAUGGAAGAGAAAUUUGCAAUGCGAAAUUACCGCAACCAGCAGCUGAUGUUGACAAUAUUAGACCAGAUCCAACAUCAAUCAAACCUAGACCAGAUACAAAACCUAUAAGACGCCCAGACCAAACGUCCGGAUCUAUCGACAGACCUAUCGAUAGACCUACAGAUAUCAGGCCUGUCGAAACCAGACCAGAUACUAGACCUGGGCAAUACAAACCAUCCAUUAAACCAGAAGACAGGCCUGAAACAAAACCAGUAUUUGGUAGACCAGCAGGUGAUGGACCUGUGUAUGUACCAAAUUCUAAUCCAUCAAAUCAACAAACCAAUGUUAAUCCUUAUAGCAUUGGUGGUGGCACUGUCCCAGAUCAGAGCGUAACAGAGCGAAGACCCUAUCAGGUGACUGCGACGCCUUAUCGACCCACUCAGUCUGAUGAUGAUACAGAUGAUAGUAAAGUGGAUCCAGCAGAUUACUUCAAUGGUGGGGUGCUCUUAGUGACUCCAGACACAGCUGUUGGCGCCACAGGAGGCAAGCAGAAAAAUGACCAAUGUGGAAAAGUACUAAUAAACAACCCAAAUCCUCUGGUAGUUUUGGGCAAGCCGACUUAUGAGGGACAGUGGCCAUGGCAAAUAGCUUUAUAUCAAACACAGUCAGUAGACAGCAAGUACAUAUGCGGCGGCACGCUUGUGACGCACAAACAUGUAAUCACCGCCGCUCACUGCGUUACACGCAAGGGGUCCACAAAAACCGUAAACAAAAACACCCUCACUAUUUAUCUGGGGAAACAUAACCUGAGGACUUCUGUAGAGGGAGUGGAAAUUCGACUGGUAGCAGAAAUAAUUGUCCACCCUCUAUACAACGCCACUUCCUACAGCCGAGAUGCCAGUAUCUUGACGAUGAGGCAACCUGUAGAUUACACUGAUCAUGUCCGACCUGCCUGUCUGUGGCCUGAGAACCAAAUUGACUUAACCAACGUAAUCGGAAAAAGGGGUUCGGUGGUAGGUUGGGGCUUUGACGAGACAGGAGUGCCGAAUGAAGAACUUGCUUUAGUAGAAAUGCCGGUAGUCGACACUGAAACAUGCAUCAGAUCUUUCAGCGAAUUUUUCGUCAGAUUUACUUCGGAGUACACAUAUUGCGCCGGAUACCGAGACGAUCCGAACAACGCACGAACCGGCGUUAGGAAAAGUACAUCCGUGUGUAAUGGUGACAGCGGAGGCGGCAUGGUGUUUGAUAUGGGAAACACAUGGUACUUACGAGGUCUCGUCUCCCUCUCGGUUGCGAGACAGAAUGAAUACAGAUGUGACCCCACUCACUAUGUCGUGUUUACUGAUCUCGCAAAAUUCUUGCCUUGGAUCAAACAAAAUAUCAAUAACUUU